AUAAUUGGCAUAGUAUAUUGGAGUAACCUCCCUUUGACAAAAUGGCAACACUUUGUCAACUUUUCCGUGCUAUAAGACUGCUGCAGGCGGGGAGACAGACGCACUGUCAGUGCUUCUACAGUAGUGCAUCGGAUUCAUGGCAGGCUGUUCCCGUCCAGGAAGUCCAGCGAUUUAUAGAAGAGUGCAUGGCAACUGUUGGAACCCGCGCGGACCAUGCCACCUCUCUGGCGAACAACUUGGUCACAGCUGAUCACAGAGGACACUAUAGCCACGGCCUCAACAGACUAGAUUUGUACAUCAAUGACAUAGAGUCAGGGAUCACCGUUAGCGACGCCGAGCCCAGCAUUAUCCGGGAGUCGGCAGCCACAGCCCACGUCGACGGCAACAACGUUCUUGGUCCGGUGGUGGGCAACUUCAGCAUGGAACUGGCCAUACAGAAAGCCAAGGUUGCAGGGGUAGGCUGGGUGGCUGCAAAAGGGUCCAACCAUUUUGGUAUUGCGGGCUGGUAUUCCAUGCUGGCAUCUCAACAGGGCCUCCUUGGAAUGGCGUUCACCAACACCUCCCCGCUGUCAGUACCUACGAGAGCCAGGAAGGCUACGCUGGGCACAAACCCUCUAUCUCUGGCAGCUCCAGCUCGCAGUGGUGACGAGUUUGUACUGGAUAUGGCCACCACUACAGUAGCACUGGGCAAGAUCGAACUCCACGACCGCAAAGGCAUCAAGAUCCCCAACAGCUGGGGUGUGGACAAGCAUGGUCGGGAGUCCAAUGACCCGAAGACUGUGAUAGAGGGUGGAGGCCUCAUGAUGGUUGGGGGAUCAGAGCUCACAGGUGGGUACAAGGGCUACGGUCUGUCCAUGCUGGUGGAGGUGUUCUGUGGGAUCCUGUCAGGGAGUACAUUCGGUCCCGACAUACGGAAAUGGCGUAACACUGAUACUGUGGCAAACCUGGGACAGUGCUUCAUUGCCAUCGACCCAGAAUGCUUUGCACCGGGCUUCAGUGACAGAAUGUCAGAUUUGGUGAAGAUGUGUCGGAUGCUGGAGCCGGCCGAGGGAGAGGAGGAGGUCCUGGUGGCCGGGGACCCUGAGAGGAAGCACAUUGAGCUGUGUACCCGCAGGGGAGGAAUACCGUACCACCCUAAUCAGAUCCAGUUCGGGAUUGAUCUGUCCAAGAAGCUUGGUGUGAAACAAAUGCAGACAGUGUAGACUCUUCAAGAUACUCCGACAUGAACCACAGCUAGGAACAUCAAUACAAUAACUACUGAGGCUGGGACGGGUAACUCGGGUACUCGAGUCAGAUGGGUACUCAGUAGGAUCCAUGUACCCACAGGAGUACCCGAACCCGUGGUUAGUCAUGUGAUUAUAUUGUUUAAUGGCAAACAUUAUCUAGAAGUCAAUGGUUGCACUAUAAGGGACAAAUGUUCCUAUUUCUUUGUGACUAUGCACCAAUUCCUUCUGACUUAAUAUGUUUGCAUAAAGAUAAAGCUUCAGUCAACUUUAGUGUAUGCAUGACCAGAUCGGAUUAUACGUGUAUCUAAAUACAUUUGGACAGGAAUGCUGUCAGACGUUUCCCCAUCGGACAUUUUGUACCUAUCUCUUGAGACCUACAGCGGGUAUCCGGGAAGGGUCGGGUAAAAGAGGGACGGGUACCCGGGUAGUAAAUUUGGACUCGUCCCAGCCCUAAUAACUACGUUUAUGGAUAUGGUUGAUAUUACCCAGAGCAGAUUAACGUGUGGAUGACGUGAAGAGGAAACAUAAGACAUCCAUAAGAUUUAUACUCAACUGGUCUUACCUCAAAUGUGCUCAGCUGGUUUAAAAUAACAAUUCUCAUAUUUUUUCAUUGAUGAGGUUAAUGUAAAGAAUAGUGUGGAAUCAGCGAGAAAUGAAUAAUGCCAAUAUGUUCUGUGUGGUAACUUCACUACAGUCCACUACAGUCCCGAUGUGUACAUCUGGGUUCCUGCCAUUGUGAGUUGCUACUGCCAGAGUUUUCAGCAUCCUGGUGCAAGAAAGUAACCUUGUUGUGUACACCACUGCAGUAGCAGGACCAUGUGAAAUAUCGUCUUCCCGAGGCAAGAGCGCCCACUUGCCUUUUUAUCAAAUAUCAAAGCUUGGUUUCGACCCUUGCCACAUCAAGCCCACUUUCCUGGGCUAAAUAUGAUUGAACUAUCGCACAUAUCGAUAGUCCAAUCAGAGAAGUUUCACAAAAUCAACAUCCACGACUGGGACACCUUCGCAUGAAAGUGAUUUACAACUGCCUGUCUUUGUUGACACGUCUUUUUCAUCCCCCCAACCACCCAACCCUCAACGAUUGCCUAUGUGUCAGGGAUGAAAUCGUGAAUGUUUUCGUCAUCUGAUCAACUAGGUCGUCAUCAAUGGUAGUCCCCAUCUUUGUGAAAAUAGUCGAGAAAAAAACAGUGAUCUGGAUAUCGCACAAGGGGCACAACUCGUGAUGUGGCACCAGGGUCAACCAAGAAAAGUGGCCUUGAUGUGGCAAGGGUAGAAACUAGGCUUUGAUAUCGGCUAGUGGACACGCUUGCCUCGGGAAGAUGGUGAAAUAUGUGUAUGUUUUUACUUGAAACUAGAUAGACAGGGAGGGCUGGCUUAGCUCCUUAAUUAUAUACUCCACAAAUGUUUUGAAUAUUUUGAAUACAAAGUCUACAAGUGUU